AUGCCGCCGCAAAGUAACAAAUGGUCCCCAUCAAGUUAUCGAAAAAACACCACCACUUCUUCAUACCCAACUAGUAAAUGUGCACGCUAUUUAAACUUCCCAGUUAUGCUCAUCAAAGUAAAAACGCUAACUGGUAAAGAAAUCGAAAUCGACAUUGAACAGACUGACAAAGUUGAUAGGAUCAAAGAAAGAAUUGAAGAAAAAGAAGGCAUACCACCACAACAACAACGAUUGAUUUUCUCUGGUAAACAAAUGAAUGAUGAUAAACUUAUUCAAGAGUAUAAAAUCCAAGGUGGUUCAGUCAUUCAUUUGGUACUUUCAUUACGUGGAGGUGUAUACUAA